UGCUUGCUUCGGGGACCGGUCUCGUAUUAUUGUACGGAUUCUGGUGCACACUUGCCUAGGCUUAAUCUGCUGUUGGAGUAAGACAAGCCUGGCCUCAGGUCUGGGGCGGCUGUUUGUGUAGCUUUCGUGUGUUAUGGUGCGGCCCAGCUGGUCGGGUGAGAAGGCUGAGGCACUUUGAAGUAACUGUGGUGGGGUGCAGUCACACGGGACAUAUAGCCCCAAAACCACCGCAACCCCACUCAUUCACACGUUGUCGCACUAUUCAGCACAUCAGCGCAACUAAAAAACUUAGCAGUUAUGCCAACUUACGCUUACUCUUUCGUUGCUACUAAUAUCGCCCUUCCGUGUUUAGCUAUACUGGCGACUUGUCUACGAUUUUGCAGCCGAAAGAUCAAAAAGCAGAGGAUCAGUUGGGAUGACUAUACGAUUGCGUUAGCUUUGAUUUGUACCGUUGGAAUCUGCAUUGCCGGUGCUUAUGUAGGGCUCGUUUACUCGAACGAAGAGCAAAUCUCUGGACGGAAUCCGGGGUUGUCCAGAUUGAGUUCGAAGGUGGUUUUCUGGGACGUGAUAAUUGGACACAUCAUAUUCGGUUUGAUAAAGAUCUCUGCUGCUCUAUUCUACCAGCGCAUCUUCUUUGUUUCUGUCAGAUACAAUAUUGUAACCUAUGUCUACAUUGGUGUAGUGGCCGCAUGGGUCUUGACCGCGAUCUUCGGUCACAUGUUUUCUUUCCCCAGCGGCCCCGUCCAGUGCGUUUAUCAUAUGCAUGUCCGCUAUGGACCUACUAUUGGACUUGAUUGUCCUCGCUUUGCCAUGGCCACUCAUUCUUAAACUCCAUAUCGAUACCAGAAAAAAGAUAUACGUCAGUAUAUUCUUUCUGCUGGGUACAUUGUAAGCCUGGUGCAUCUCUGAACUGGCAAAGCAAUGAUUGACAUCAGUACAGUUGUGUCGUAGCGUCUAGUGUAAGAGUGUAUUACAUUGUCCAAACAACAACUACAAAAGGAGCUUUUAAUUCACGUGGGUCUAUGAGCUGUAUGUUACUGCUGUGAUGGAACUGACCUUGUCUAGCUCACAACAUCCGGCGUCGAAAGUAAACAGACCUUUGGUGUCACAUCGAAUCGUGCUUCUCAAUCAUCGCAGCAUGCCUUCCCACGCUCGGCCC